GAAUUUGAAAACUUGAAUUUCCAUUGUUGAAGUGAUUUCAGAAUAGUCAGCUGACAGACUCUCCACUAAACCCUGCAAACCUCUCCACAGGACAGGAGUAGGGAGACACCGCGCCGCGCCACUCCCCAAAACAUUUUGUCCGAGUUUCUUCCGCCUCCCAGUCGAAGCGGAUGGCGAUGGCAGGCAGGAGGCGCCCCGAUCUCCUCCUGCGCCGCCGCGCCAAUCUCUCAGCCCGUAACCCGCCGAGAUCCAGCCUUUCCACCGUCUCCGGCCGGAGUCCGCCCGAACCCGCCGACCCGGCCCGCGCGGCGACGAUCCUGGCCGAGAAGGACUGGUUCGCGCGGCUCAACUCGGAGUUCGCCGCCGCGCUGCCGCGCCUGGGCCCGCGCUUCGUGGUCCGCGUGCUGCACGCCGCCGUUCCCCUCGAGCCCCGCCUCUGCGUCCGCCUCUACGUCUGGGCGUCGCGGUUCGGGGCCCACUUCGCGCGCGACGCCUCGGUGCGGCGGGCCCUGGAGGACGCGCUGUGGCGCCGCGGGCCGCUCGUGCUGUCCGCGGCGCUGGUGGCGGAGGUCAGGGGCUGCGGGUGCGAGGUCUCCGAGGAGCUGCUCUGCUCCAUGAUCGCCAGCUGGGGCAGGCUGGGCCUCGCGCAGUACGCGCACGAGGUGUUCGUGCAAAUGCCGCGCCUCGGGCUGAGGCCCAGCACCGCGGUGUACAACGCGCUGAUCGCGGCGUCCGUGAGGGCCGGCGCCGUCGACACGGCCUACCUCAGGUUCCAGCAGAUGCCUGCGGACGGGUGCCAGCCGGACUGCUUCACCUACAACACGCUCGUUCACGGGGUCUGUUGUGGUGGGAUCGUCGAUGAGGCGCUCCGUCUGGUGAGGCAGAUGGAGGGCGUUGGGAUCAAGCCGAAUGUGUUCACUUACACGAUGCUGGUUGAUGGGUUCUGCAAUGCUGGCAGGCCGGAGGACGCGGUUCAUGUGUUCAAUACUAUGAAGGAUAAGGGUGUAUCGCCCAAUGAGGCCUCUUACAGGACUUUGGUUCAUGGUGUGUUCCGGUGCUUGGGGAACCUCAAGGCCUAUGAGAUGCUGAGUGAGUGGCUAGGACGUGAGCCUCCACUGCACCCAAGUGUGUGGCAUACCAUGCUGUAUUGCUUAUCAAAGAAGGAGAUGGCCAAAGAGGUAGUUGAGGUCGUGAAGAAGAUGAAAACUAGGGGUCUUCUCCUCGACAAUGCAAUGUUUGGCAUUGUGGCCUCUUGUGCUGUGAAGUGCCUGGAGUUGAGUGAUUUGUGUGAGUUGGUUGAUGAUUUCACAAAGAAAGGCGGGAAUCCUGGAUUUCAUGUCUAUAUUAUGAUCAUCAAAUCCCUACUGGACUGCAAAAGUUCUUCAAGGGCAAACCACUAUUUAGAGCGCAUGGUUUUGGACGGGCUCUUGUCUAGUGUGGCAUCUUAUAACAUGGUGAUAGAUUGCUUUGUCAAGGAAGGUGCAGUGGAUAGGGCAGUGGAGAUUAUAAAACAGAUGCGAGAGAAAGGUUUCCUUCCAAACCUUGUUACCUAUAAUACACUGUUAAGUGGUUACUCAAAGUUAGGGGAUGUACAUAAUGCAAAGGCUGUUCUUAAGAUGCUUAUGGAACAUGGUUUCAUGCCAGAUAUCAUUACUUUUACCUCCCUCAUUGACGGGCUAUGCCAUGCCAAUCAAAUGGAUGAUGCGUUUGAUUGCUUCAGUGAGAUGGCAGAGUGGGGUGUUAGACCAAAUGCUCAUACUUACAAUGUACUAAUGCGUGCACUUUGUUCAGUAGGGCACGUUAACAAGGCCAUUGAUCUUCUUAAUAAAAUGAAAAUAGAUGGCAUUAGUCCCGAUGCAUAUUCCUUCAAUGCUCCUAUUUUGAGUUUUUGCAGAAUGAAGAAAGUAGAUAAAGCUCGUAGUAUUUUUAAUGCCAUGCUGAGAUUAGGUGUUGCUCCAGACGGUUACACAUGCAACAUCCUGAUUAAAGCUCUGUGUGAUGAAAGAAGAGUUGAUGAUGCCAAAGAAAUUCUAGCUGCAACUGAGUCUAGUGGCUGUACUGUGACCGAUCAUCAUCACUCAUACUGGCCAAUUGUUUCUGCACUUACUAAAAUGGGUCGAUUCAGUGAGGCAGGACAGUUGAUGAACAAAUGUGACAUCAGAAAUGUUCAGUUAGAUUGUGGUUCUAAUCGUACCACAGAGCCUGCAAUGCGUGCCCGAGUUAUCAAUGUGUGAGUUGCGAUUUGGCAUCUACAUGCUGUUUGGUACAUGAAUGAUGCCCUCCUCCUGCAAUGGAGGCUCACAACUGUCUCAUCUUUGCUAAGAUGAUUCACUUGGAACUUCUCGGCGCCCAUUGCUUUGUAUUGCAUUUCAGGAAUGAUAUGGAUUUGCUCAUUCCCGUCUAAAACUCUUCGCAGAAGAAGUCAGGCUGCUGAUUUCCAAAAGGAUUAUUAUGCUUGUCUGCAAAUGCUCUUCUUUUGGGAAACAAGCAUAUCACAUCAUGCAAACUCGAUGGUGCGGAGGAUAAUUGCUUCCAAAUUCUCCUUGAGUAUCUGGACUGCACCCCAACAGCUUUCUAUGAUGACUAUGUCUACUGGUCAUGGGGGAGUUUGUUAUGUGAAUUCUCAUCGCUGCUCAACUUCUGUUCAACCUGACGGGGGCUAGCUUUUGUUCUUAUUAAUGAGCUGUUCAUGUUGAGGAGGUGCAUUAUUCUGGUCUUGAGGCUACUUAGAGCGUCAAACUGACACCUGGAGAUGAAUAACGCUGAUUCACGUGUGCGGCCUCCUGUACCCAGUUGUUGCAGUUGUAUAUACACCAAUUGUUGCAAUGGUAUAUUCAGUUGUUGAUAGAAUUGAUUCUACAAACUACAUUCGUUACUUCAGACCAGGGUGCAAAUAUAAAGCUUAAUUGGUCAGACGUCUCCUAUUA